AUGGCAUCCACAACUAUCCUUGCUGCUCUCCUCAUUGCCACCUGGUUCAGUCUCACCCUCCUCAUCCUCAUCCUUGCCCUCGCUGUCUUCUACUUCAAGGAGACAUAUAAAAUCCAACUCCUUCUCAUGCACCAACCUAAAACUCCCAUACUCAACCAAACACCUGAGUGGCCAUCCAAUGGAGUACAAGAAUCUGAUGAUUCCUUGCUGGAAUUCCUCGACAAAGGAGAUUUCCAAUACCCUAUAGGACCACUGCCAAAUGUUACCCAUCACCCAUUCCUGAUCCCUGGUCCUUUGGAAUCCUCCCACAAUGAUGCUAUAAUCCUGUAUCAAUUCCCUGGUCCCCUGGAGGUUUCCCAAGAUGACUCAGGAGCAUCUACUGGAUCCUACUAUGCUGUGCCUAUACAAUUCUUCCCUUCCUCUUUGGCAAUGAGCAUCUCAUCCUCUCCAGGUCCUGACCUCCUGCCAGCUGACUCCCUCACUCCAGAAUCCCCCAGCAUGCCUCCCCUCACAUCUGACAUCUCUGAUAAUGGUAGCCUUGCCCAUGCUCCCAAUCUCCAACUAUUGGCUGAUGUCAGUGAGUACAUUAUGGCAUCAGAAGGGGGGAGCACAGCAGUGACCCUCAGGAGUUUAUAG